CUCGACUCGAGAACAUUGACGGGAGUUAAGGUAUCAUGGAGACCAGCAUCAACAACAACAACUUGGAGGCCACACCGGCGGACCCGAUGGAGGUGGACACGGCGGUGAAGCCUGAGAAGAUGUUCGCGCUGAAGAAGUGGAACGCCGUGGCCAUGUGGCGGUGGGAUGUGGAGUGCGACACUUGCGCCAUCUGCCGAGCUCAAGUCAUGGACGCCUGCUACCGCUGCCAGUCGGAGGCCUCCGGCAGCAAGCAGGACGACUGUGUGGUGAUCUGGGGAGAGUGUAACCACUCCUUCCACAACUGCUGCAUGUCCCAGUGGCUGCAGAAGAACAAUCGCUGCCCGCUCUGCCAGCGCGACUGGAGCUUUCAGCGCAUCGGCAAAUGAGGUGGCCGCUUUCGCAAACAGAGGUUGUGUAUUGCGUCGUUAGAUGGCAGUCUGGAUUUCGUUCUGCUGUGCGUGACGUUUUCAUAUGCCGAACACGGUGAUUUUGUCAAGCACUGCUGACGCCCUGACGUUUGUAAGGCCAUGUGUGCGCAUGCGCUCUCCUCUCGUGGUCUCGACUGGCUGCAUAUAAAUGCUGGCAUUCAGAUGCGAUGAAACACCACGCACUUUGAGCCCCGUGUGAUGACAGGUAAUUUCUUUUGACAUUUGCUGUGGUACGAAAAGCAAAAUCACAUCUGUUCGUCGCGUUCAAAUUUUCUUACAACCACAGUCCCGCUCGGAACUUCACGGAAGUGACCUUACCGUGGUUUGGAACCGUGUGGUAAGGGCUGUUGUCUCGCUGAUUGUGGUGAAUGUGAACAGCCUUGUCCGCGACUCGUGAGUUCCAGCUUAUUAUAGUGCUGCUGUGCUAUGCUGAUACGCCAUGGUUUUUGGCUCGAUCUGUCAAACGCAUCGUGUCUUGUGUUUGUGUUUUCAUUCCAACUUCACCAUUGGACUUCCAACCUUGAUGUUAAACACCCGACCUGGUAGUCACCACACGCACGACGGUGGUGUUGUGCUAAUGACAUUGUGGACGCACGCUGCUCUUGGCACUCGAAUGUGUGGCCAUGCUUCUCUAACCUGGUCUAGAAAGCUGCCUGACUACUUUGAAAGAAGGCCAAGAGCGGAUUUCAGCUGUGAUGAAAGUGGGACUACGUCGUGGUCGUGUUUGCCUCAUUUGCUGGAGCGAUGUCGGUCCGAACGAGGCGUCAUGUUCGACGUCCGUGCGUCUGUAUGCAUUUGUGUGCAAAAAUACACAACGGGCACCACG